AUGACUUUUGGUGCCUUGCGACUCCGUCUAGUGCAGAAGCCACUUACCGUCCUCACCCAGAACCCCCCCGAGAGCGACAAGGCCCAGCGCUAUCUGCAGCAACUGGACGAGGCGCGAUGUGCUGGACGAUGGAGCGACGUGCCGGAGCUGUGUAGGAAGGUGGACAAACAUGCGCCACACCGUAAAUUUCAGUGCAACAGUCUCUCCGGUCCUCAGGAACCGGACAACUACCGAGCCUUUUCAGGCAAUGUGAUCCCAACGCUGCUCACUGCCAUAGAGGAAGCCGACAGCCAUGCACAGGAUGCUUUCCAGGCCACCGUUUGCCUUGGCUGGCUUCACUACGUCUUGGAAGAGCCCGACCUUGCUGUGGCGCGCCUUCCCAAGGAUUUCGGGGCAGUUGCAACCCAGCUGUCCGGGGAAGCAGCGACCCUGACCGGGUGGUCACGGGUCUGCUUGGUCAAGGGCACCUACCUCAAAGGAUCGGCCCUUGAGAAGACCGGCGCCGUCAAAGAGGCCGUCGCGACCUACUCGUCCAUAGUCCCAUGGUUGGCCACGACCACCAGCCCAAACACCGAGUCGGUUCAGUUCAAGAUGUGGAGCGAGAACGCACUCGUCCGGCUCUGUCAGCUCUCAGAUCAGUCCUCCGGCGCCGGCACCCAUGUCGACCCGUCCGAAGCUCUUCGCACCUACCGUCAGUGGGCCAAACAUUGGGAUGCUACAGCAAAAAGCGGAGGAUCCGAUGAAGCACACCAGGCUCGACAUCGUCGGUUGGCAUGGAAAUCUUAUUACGACACUCUUUCCACCAUAUUGCGCAAUGACCUUCCCUACGAGCCCGAUUCGACGCCUGAGACACAGGAAAAGUCAUCUCUUUACAGCCAGUCAAGCAUGCGGUUGAGGCAGCGAGCAGAGCUAAAAAGGGUCGAGACCAUCUAUGAGAAUCUGCUAAUCAAAGAGACGCAUUUCCCCAAAGCAAGUGAAACGAACCACGAAAUAGAGACCUGGGUAGAUUCUGUCAUGGACAAUUGGCGUCUGCUGUGUGGUCCAACAUGGGACGAUAACGACCUUGGCGAGGGAGGAAAAGAGGGCAUCGGGCGAAGCGUGCUUGAUAUUCUAUACCGAGCAGCCACCAAAACGUUCCACUCCACCCAGAUCCUACGACACCUAUUCGUGGUCCAUGCGUCGCUCGCUGAGUUUGACCUGGCCUUCAAAGCAUACGAUUCCUACGUUGUCAUCAUCACGCGAGGCAAGGACCGCGCUGAAAAAUCUGGAGAAGAAGACGCCCAUAUCGACGACGAUAGUACCGUGCUGCGGACCUCUGCAGAAGCUAUCCGAGUGCUUUGUAAAUUUGGAUGCAGAAAAGAAGCGGAGAAGGCGCUCGAAAUUGGACACAACAUUGAGAGAUGGUUGGAGCAAACCAAUCACAUCCAAUCAACGUCCGAUGCCAGCUCUGUCACGUCAAUAGAAGCCCUCGUAGAGCCUUCUGCCCUUGCGGUGGCGUAUUGCGCAAUUGGCGUCAGUCAAGCGCAUUGGGCCCGAUUUACGUACGAAGUCGAAGCGCGGGCAAGCAUCCAAGCCAAAGCUGUGCAGUACUUGCGCAAAUCCCUAGCUCAAAGUCUUGGAGAAUCGAAUAACGUAGAAGCGCUUUACGCAUUGUCGCUCGUGCUUGCUGAAACCAGAGAUAUUCCAGGAGCUAUCAAAGCAGUCAAGCGCGCCCUGACGCAAGCUCCAAGGGCUACGACGACGUCCACCCCUGAUGGUGUCCUGUCCGAUGGCAUAGCUACUGAAUUCGGUCGAGAGCGCAAAUUAAUUCCGCUGUGGCACUUGCUCGCCUUGCUGUUGACCUCGCGAUCCGAUUACACCGCUGCAGCGAAAGCCUGCGAGGCGGCGUUUGAGCAAUUCGGUGAUCCUGCUAUACUUUUUGGCAGAGAAGAGUCAGGCUUGUUCCGCAGUGAACACUUGAACGAGGCCACGGGCAAAGAUAUCCCUAGUUCAGGCAUCGUUGAUCGCAUGGAGCGCUACGAAAAGACCAGCAUAUUGCAAAUCAAAAUGACACAGCUAGCCUUGGUAGAAGUGACUGACGGUACACUUGCUGCCGUGGACGGUUGCGAUGAGCUCCUCGCGCUAUACGGCAGGCUUUUCGGUGAUCCUUCUUCCGAGAAACCCAAAUUGCAACCUCCAACGACGUUGGUACCUCCAAAGAGUGCUGCAGGCACAGUUCGGGGGAGCAUCUUCCGUGGACGAGGCACUGUCAAAGCUCCUCCACAAGGAACUGAUAUCCGAAACUCAUCCGUCAUUAGCGCCAAAAGCUCUGGAGCUGUCGCUCAGCAGGGCGCACCCCCUGCGAUCCAGGUCACUGAUGGCGAUAAGAGUCAAUCCAGCGGUCAUCAUCGCCACCAUCUAUUCCAUCAUCACAAGCAUGAGGAUAGCGCAACAAGCCUUGGACGCAGUGGUAGUAAACUGCAGAAGCGCAGUGCUAGUGCGCGCCGAUCAACAGUGACAGAUGGGGACCAACCGCAUGAGGUACCUCCUCUCCCAGAGAAUUCAGUCAAUGGGACUACUACUCAGACGAGUCCUGGUCCUAACAAGUCCCCGCGACGCCAGUCGAAUGCAAGCACACCCAGGAAGUCGCUCGAAAGUAGCGACAGGCCGCUUCGGUCGAUACCGCACAAUCUGCCUCAUGCAUCACCGCCUUUGAAUCAUUCCGAUCCGCCCCAACAGGACACGCGACUGCCAUCACGAGUGCCUCAUUCCGAUUUUGUUCCUCUGGAUCCUCAUUUCUCCAAACUUCAGGAGCGACGGCAAAAGGUAUCACUGCUAAUCAGCGUGUGGCUGUUCAUCUCGGGGCUUUAUACCCGAGCCCAGAUGUUCUCGGAUGCUAGAGAGGCAAUUGCAGAGGCAUUGAAAUUAGUAGAAGCUUUUGAAGCUGAGGCAUCGCUUGAAUCAUCGACAGCGAAAGCGCUCGCAGACAAAGGAUGGGGUGGCGGCAAAAGUGUUGAGGAGCUGUGGGCUGAUGCCUAUACUGCACGUGGUGAUCUGCUCGCAGCCCAAUCUCACAAGCAUCAAGCACGGGCUGAAUUUGAGCGCGCCCUGAUGCACCAUCCCGAUCACCCUGAAGCCAUUGUUGGCUUGUCAAACAUUCUUUUGGACAUAUACAGUGAAGUGAUCCCUCUUGAACCGGCUUUGACAGCAGAUCACACAAGUCCACCCGCCUGUCCUUCUCCCUCAGUCGAGCAGUCAAUCUCACAUUCCAAGACGCAAUACUUGACAUCCCAUACUCCAUCCGUGGAAAAUCAGCUAUCCCCUCCAGAAUUGACUCGACUUGCUGCUCGCGAUCGUGCGUUUGCUUUGUUGUCAACCCUGACGAAAUUUGGCACCGGAUGGGAUUACUCUGAAGCUUGGUUUGCGCUCGCACGAGCCUAUGAGGAAAGCGGCCAAAUCGAGAAGGCAAAGGAAGUCCUUUGGUGGUGCGUUCAACUCGAGGACACACAUCCUGUGCGAAACUGGAAACAUGUCACCAUAGGUGGUUUUGUCUUGUGA